AGUGGAGGGACAGAGGGACUGUUCUCUGUUCAUCAUGGAUAUCUCGACCGUAGCUUUGAUCCUGUGCUCGUUGCUAUUUACAGUGGAUGCCCAGGCCCCCGUUCUCUCAAUAGAGCCCAGGUCGGCUGCAGUGCGCCAGGGGGAAUAUGUCAGUUUUAGGUGCAAAGUGUUGAGUGGUGCGCAGCCCGUCCAACUGGAGUGGAGGAGAAGCAAUAACCAGGCCUUACCAGACAAUGUAAAGAUUGGUCCCGAUGGCUCGGUUCUGACGAUUGCUAAUACCCGACCCAGUAACCAGGGCCAGUACCGCUGUGUGGCAACCAACUCCGCAGGCCGCAGCACCGGCACAGCCAUGCUGAAUAUCCGACAAUCUCCUAAGGCGCAAGUUACUCCCCAAGGGCCCCUGCAUGUCAGGGUGGGUGAACCUGUAUCAGUGGAGUGCCGCGCCACAGGCAGGCCGCGCCCCAAACUGACAUGGAAACGUCAGGGUUCCACUCUCCAGCUUUUUACUUCAGCAACAGAUGAUGCAAACACUAUACAGUGGGAUGCAAUGCGUCCAGAGGACUCUGGUGUGUACGUGUGCCAGGCUGAGAACAACGAAGGUGUGACAGAGGUCAAAGUUGAGAUAACUGUUGAGGGAGGGCAGGGUGCACCAGUGGCCUCGGUGAGCACUGGGAAAAUCACAGCAGUGGAAGGACAGACAAUCAAAAUGGAGUGUCACGCCAGCGGUUCUCCCCCUCCUGUUAUAACCUGGACCAAGCUUCGAGCACCGUUGCCAUGGAAACACGCCGUUGAAAGUGGAGUUCUGACACUGACCAGUGUGGGACGUCAGGACUCUGGACAGUAUAUCUGCAAUGCAACCAACAAGCACGGCUACAGCGAGGCUUACACGCAGAUGGAGGUGGAGACCCCUCCAUACACCACAUGCCUGCCCGAUCAGGUAAGGCUGAGACGCGGAGACGCCCUACGCCUGCAGUGCCUUGCCCAUGGCUCUCAUCCGAUCACAUUCCUCUGGAGCAAAAUGGGCAGGGCAUCCCUGCCCACUGGGGUAGAGACUACAAAUGAUGGCCAGCUGCUGAUAGCUCAGGUCAAGGUGUCCGAUGGUGGAACGUACAAGUGCGUGGCCACCAACGUCUUUGGCUCAAGUGAGGCAACGGCUAAGGUCACAGUAAAAGCCUAAGACAAGGUACUUACCGUACCCCUUAUGACGUGUCUCUCAGUGACCUGGCAACAAACUGGUACUUCCAGCAAGAUUGGGUUACAUCCAUCGAGAUGACCGAGAUGUUAAUUUAGAAUAUAACUGAGAAGAUAACAUUUUAUGACAAGAAAGCUACCCACUUAAAUGUAAUUGUUUGCGUGUAUUCACUUCCACUAUGCUGUAGCACUAUAGUUCCAUAUGGCUAAUUAUGUAUUUUCAUAGAAAAUCACAGCUUGCUGCUUUGCCUAGUACAUAUUUCCAUUUGGAAUGUGUUAAUCUAGAGUGUGGAAACACUGGCACAUCUGUGGAGGCUGGAAACCCCGCAGGAUGUGGACAUUAUUGCGCUUAUUAGUAGUGACUGCUAGCUUCCAAGUCUUCCUUCCUUUGCAUUCACUGCCAAGUCUACGAUACUGCAUUUUUAAAAAUGAAUGCAGAGGACAGCUAAAACCUCGACCUCAUUUUAAUUCCUCAGUUUCAUGAAAUAUUGAUGCUAUCAUGUCAGUAUUAAAAUAUUCCAAGAAAAAAAAAACAACCUAUGCUCAUU